UAGCUGUCGCUCACUGUGAACCGUUGACGCUCCUCGUUCACACAGCUGAGAGCUUCACGUCUGUAUCGCCGACAGACGCUGGAAUAUUAAUCGAUAACUCCUUUUCUUUUCGUUUUCCCUCUUUACGUUAUGUGGUCAUGACGAAGUGAGCAUGGCCAAGCGACCGGGGACUGCCGACGGGAUGUUGACUUCGCAGACCAUUCUCCGAGACUUCGCGUCCGAUUCGAGCCCCGGGGAUGUGGCCAUGGACUGCAGCGGCGACGCCGCGGAGGUCUCCUUGGAAGACAUCCUGAAACUGUACAGCCAGCCGAUAAACGAGGAGCAGGCCUGGGCCGUGUGCUACCAGUGCGGUCGGACUUUAGCGCAGAAACGUCGGAGGAAAAGCUCCAAGUCCGCCGGUGGUUCCUCCGUCGACUACCCGAGGAGGAUUGAGGGACCCGGGGAUGUGAAGAUCGGGAGGGACGGGACCGUAACGCUGCUCUUUGAAGACAGCACAGAUAAAUACCAACAGGCUGCAACGUCAUUAGAGGUCAUUGACUCAUUGGGCAUCAUGAUUUACAAAGCUCUAGACUAUGGCCUCAAAGAAAAUGAGGAGCGGGAGCUCAGCCCGCCGCUGGAGCGUCUGAUCGACAUGAUGACGAACGCCGACAAAAACCAGAGUGACCCCUGUCCUGACGAGGGCUACGAAGCCACAGAGGAGGAGGAUGAGUGUGAGGAGGAUCAAGAAGAAGAAGAGGAGCCCGUCUCUGCCACCACCACCAGCUCUGUCAGCAGCAUUCGCAGCUACCGAGACCUCAUCGCGCUAUGUUCUUCCCACCUGACCAGCACAUCCGACGCUGCCGGUCAUUACCAGGCCGUGUGUCGUGCUCUUUAUGCGGAGACCAGGGAGCUGAACACCUUUCUGGAGAAGAUCAAGAAUGCCAAAGAGAAUCUUCAAAAAAUGGAAGGUGGUACUCGGGAGGAGCCCGUUAAAGACCUUGAUGAACUGCAAAAUGCAGAUUGGGCACGGUUCUGGGUGCAGGUGACGCGAGAUCUACGAGAUGGUGUUAAAUUGAAGAAGGUUCAGGAGCGUCGGUACAACCCAUUACCCAUUGAAUACCAACUCACACCCUACGAAAUGCUGAUGGGCGAUAUCCGCUCCCAACUCUACAAGCUGAGAAAAGUCAUGGUGAAGGGAGACAUUCCACCAAGAUUAAAGAGGAGCGCUCAUGAGAUCAUUCUUGAUUUCAUCAGGUCGAGACCGCCUCUUAAACCUGCUGCAGCCCGUAAACUGAAACCCCACCCGGCACGUCCCCAGAGCCUCCACGAACGACUGCUGGAGGGCAUCAAGGCUGAAAGAAAGCUCAGGCCGGUCUCACCGGACAUGAUCCGCAGAAGCCGCCUCGUCAUGCGACCUCUUAGCACGUCUUACAGCUUUGACUCAUCAGGUGCAGGGAAAAGCAUCAGCACCCCUCAGGACUUGUUCCGUACCUCAGACUCUCCUGAUGGACUCAGGAAAUUGGCUGUCAGCACCCAGUUUCUGGCCAGUGGCAACCUGCUGCGACCAACUCCAGAUGGAGCCCAGCCCCCUAGCCAGAGGAAGAGGCUGCUCAUAGCGCCCACCCUGGCUGAGCUGGACACCUCCGACUCUGACGAGGAGCCCUCACAGAGCAGCUCCAGUCUGUCUCCAUCUUUGAUGGAGGACACAUCACCCGAGUCCGUCAUCGGGAGGAAGGUUCCUCCAAAUCUCUUGCCUCUGUCUACGACCCAACAUUCAGACAAGCGUUGGCCUCCACAGAGGAGGCACUCGAUCGAGAAGGAGACCCCCACCACCGUCUGCCCCUUUGUCCCUCUCUCCAGACAGAGCUCCAAGUCUUUGCUGAAGGCGGAGCCCAGUUCCAAGGUGGAAGCUGCCAGCGGCGCUCGGGGCUCGGAGGAGUUCUGCUACCCGGUGGAGUGUCUGGCUCUGACGGUGGAGGAGGUGAUGCACAUCAGACAGGUUCUGGUUAAGGCAGAGCUGGAGAAGUUCCAGCAAUACAAAGACAUCUACACGGCCCUCAAGAAAGGAAAGGUUUGCUUUUCAUGUCGGACCAAGAAGUUCUCUCUCUUUACUUGGUCCUACACCUGCCAGUUCUGCAAAAGGCCUGUGUGUUCCCAAUGCUCUAAAAAGAUGCGACUGCCCUCCAAGCCCUACUCCACCCUGCCCAUUUACUCUUUCGGCCCCAGCGCGGCGGCUAAAGAAGAGGCAAGUGGAGCGUCUGGCUCUGCUGCGCCAGAAAGGCACCCAUUCGGUUCUGGACAAAGCCGAAACAGCCUACGCAGAAGUGUUUACAAGUUGUCAAAGCAGAGCAGCAGUAGUAACAGCAAAGAAGGGCCGUCGCAGGACGAGCCCGAGCUGCCCGAGCCCGAGCUGCCCGAGGAGCUUACUGAGGACUGGGUCACCAUGGAGAUCUGUAUAGACUGCAAAAAGUUCAUCACGGAGAUCAUCACCUCCAGCAGGCGCAGCCUGUGCGUGGCCACCAAACGGGCCCGUCUCAAUCGCAAGACCCAAUCCUUCUACAUGCCGUCAUCUAACUCGGUCAACUUCAGGCCCUAUGAGCGCAUAAAUGAGGUGUAGAAAGUCGGACUGCCCGUUGCACUUUUCUUCCCGCCUCUCGUAGAGCUAAGUUGUUCAAUGAAGAAGAAGGAAAAAAAAACCUCAGUGAAGCCCACCCCAAAGUUACUAAAGGUUUUUAUACCUUACCCUGUCUCAGGAAAAGUUGGCAGGCUAUGAUUGGUCAUGACUGGUCAGGACUGUGUGAUAGCUGCCAGAUAACAAAGAAGAGCCAUGUUUCUAUAAAGAAAUCAGAAACAAAUCUGUUAGUUGCUGAUGUUGCGAAUUGUGAUCCAGGUAAAAUGAUGUAUAUUUGACAUCAGAUCAGAUGAUACAGAAAGUCAAAAGCUGCAGUGAUAAUAUGUUAUUGUAGGCCCCUCCAUAAUCUGGGUUUUGGAUAUAUUUUCCAGUUCCUGUUUACUUCUAGCACUCAGGAUUAGCAACAGAUUGUCUUUUGCCAGGAAUGCACUGUAGAUCUUCCUGUCAGGUCUGCUGGGGCAAACUCCUUCCUCUCCACUCUACUCCCCUCCUCUCUUAUUCUUCCAGCAACAAUUAUGCCAAAUGUAACAUCAUUCAUUUUUUAGCUAGUUGUUUUAAUGUAAAUUCAAUUCUGUGCCUGGUGCCAAAAUGUAAUUUCUUUCUUUGAAUGCCUUUUGUAGUUAUGGACCUAUUGUACAUAUGUGUUAUAUACACUGGGGUAUAUUUUUAGGGUAGUCCAAGGUUUGGUUUCUUGCCCUUUCCAUGUUCCAAGCUGGGCAACAGAAGCACAGACAUGUAGGAUUAUGAAUGUGUACAUGCUGUAAAUCUUAAUUGUUCUAAAUGUACUAUAAAAUUAAGUAAUAGAGUAUAAUUUGACCAUG